GCAGCCGCAGACAUGAAGUCGGCGUUCGGCGCUUCGGCUGCCUUUCUAAAUUACGAAAGCGGUUGGCGCGUUGUUGUACCACUUCGACGCGUCCCCCUCGCAACCCGCGUGUCAGGCACUUACCGCGCACGACUUCUUGCCCUUGGCAUACAUGUAUUGAAUCGCCCGACACGCUACCUCAGUGAUUGGACGCUACCAUUCUGGCAUUGAACGAGCUCGUUUUUCUCGCACGACGUGUUUUCAAGCACAGAUCACGACAGCACUGUUACAUCUGCACACUUACUCAAUGGCGGCCAGUACCACUCGCAAGCGGCGAGCCUUGUACGACCACACCGACGAUGAAUACGACUCUGAUGAAAUUGUGGUCGUUCAAUACAAGAAGAGGGCUCGCACCUCACGAACGCCGCUGAAGGCGAUCGAAAACAGCGCCGUUCAGUCAUCCCCGGCACCAACCGCCCUCACACGCCGUGUUCUCGACUAUGUUCACAUACCGGUACGAAGCUUUUCCAAUGGUACCGGAAACAAUGAUGUGGCCUCCAUUCUACGGUCUGAUCAUGUACCACUGUCGUCUCCCUUGCGAAAACCAGCUGUGAAGGCACCAGCACGAUCCAGGUCUGCGCGUUUUUCAGCUCCUGUCGCACCAGUGGCUGCUCCAGCAUCUCCCAUCCGGGAACCUGACGACUACUUCGAGCAAGCAGCGUCUGAGCAAGCAGCGCCUGAGCAAGUGCUAUCCGAUCAAGCAGCGUCCGAACCAGCAACAUCAAAUACACUGUCACGCCCACGACGCUCUAUCGCUCGGCGAUCGUACGUACCCGAGCCAUUGUCGGACGAAGAAUCCGACCACGAACUCGUCACAUCUCGCCACACGACUAGGCCCCAAUCCCGUGCCAAAUUCAGACUCUCGGCGGCGAAAAAGGCCCUUCCAGAUGCCGACGCUUCCGACUUUGAGAUGUCCGGGGAGUCCGCGGCAAGCUCAACUGACGCCGGAGAGCCAACAGAAUCUGAAGACGACACUUCAGUCGGUGCAGCGUCAUCAGACGAAGAAAAUGUCUCUCAGCGCAACCGCAAGCCAUCGCGACCACAGAAGUCUACACAGUCCUCGAGCCGAGGGGCAAACAAAGGUGGUUCGGCCAAAGCUACCUCUAAGAACAUGACCAAAUUGCAUGGCAGAGGCAAAGUCUCCAAUGGAUUGAACUUGGACCUCCCACCACUCUCUAGUGUCGAUGAGAUCUUCCAGGACCUGACUGAAAGAUCACUUGCCCUCGGACUCGACAAGGUGCUUGAACAUCUACAUAGCCGUCCACUUCGAGUAGCAACCAUGUGCUCAGGCACGGAAAGCCCUUUACUAGCCUUGCAGAAGGUCGAGGACGUUUUGAAGGCGCAAUCUGGACACACUCUGAACGUGGAGCAUGUUUUCUCUGCAGAAAUCGAACCGUACAAGCAGGCGUACAUCGAGAGGAACUUCAAUCCUCCUAUCAUAUUCAGGGACAUCACGGAAACGAUGUAUACGGACGAGGACAUAGCCACCACGGCGUAUGGUGGCAAAGCUCGCAUCCCCACUGACAUUGAUAUGCUCAUUGCAGGCACAUCGUGUGUGGAUUACUCCGCCAGAAACCGGCAGAGGAAGGGCAUGAGUGACGGCGGUGAAUCCGGUGAUACUUUUCACGCCGUACAUGCCUUCUGUGCAAAGAACCGACCCUCCAUCGUAUUGCUAGAGAACGUGUUACACGCGCCGUGGGACGACAUGCUCAAACUCUUCGAAGAUUCAGACUACCUCUGCGCCGGAGUGACUGUUGAUUCGAAAGACUUUUACAUCCCACAGACGAGAUGUCGUGGCUAUAUGGUAUGUUUCGACCAGAGCCGACUGGCAAAAGCAGACAAAGCGGCCAGUGAGAAGUGGACGGAUCUGAUGGCGAAGUUCAAACGACCUGCAAGCAGCUCGGUGCUUGCCUUUCUGCAGACGAACGCCUCGAGCACCAGUGAUCAGCAGCCUCGCAUGGAAGAGGCUACCCGAGAAAUCGCCUGGGCCAAGUGUGAGAUCACACAAAUGGAGUAUCGACGCAAGAGUCGACUCGGGCUCGCACGGCCCCUGACAAAUUGGCAAGAGUCUGGAGCCAUGCUUAUUCCCGAAAACGGAUCGCAAUCAUGGUACCGUGGACUCUCGGAACGCAUGCUCGACACCCUCGAUAUUCUACUCCUUCGCAAAGCCCUGCCAUCAAAAGGCAGAUACGAUGUUCGACACAAAACUCGAAUUAUCGACAUCACUCAAAAUGUAUACAUGCAGGAAGACAGCAACGCUAUGGGGAUCGUGGGAUGCAUUACUCCAACUGCGCAGUUCUUCAUCUCUGAUGCUGGGCGAGCGAUGCUGCCGGAAGAAACCCUGAUGCUUCAGGGGCUGCCACUUGACAAAAUCUCGUUCACAACAGAGGCUCCAAGCGAUUUGCGAAAUCUUGCUGGCAACGCUAUGACUACAACCGUUGUCGGAUCGGCUAUUCUAUCUGCAUUGACCGCAGGGUACAAGUUCUUAGGCCAGCCUGACGGAAGGAUGACCAAUGGUCUGCAGCCAAUGUCCAGAAACGCUGCCCAGACAGCCCUGCUACUUGGCGCGCACACCGUACAAGAAUCGGACUCCAACGAGCAGAUUGUAGACAUGCCUAUGCUACUGCGGAGAGCUACCCUGGCUUUACGGCGGUGCUUUUGCGAGGGCGCACAGGGUAUCGCUAAGCAGCCUAUCCAGCAGUGUACGGACUGUGAACACACGACGUGCGUUGCUUGCGGCGGAAACCCUGCCCACAACUACCGGCAACUCGCGGAGUCAGGAAGUACCAGAAUUAGCGUGGAGUCCUUCGAGACGGAGCUUCGAUCAUGUCUGCCGCUACGCAUCCAGCUAGGCACAGUCAACGGCUUGCGAAAGCUCGCUCGCUCGACGAAAGACGAUAUCAUGAAGUAUUUGGAACAUGUCGAGCAGAGCGUGAAGGAACCUUUCCACAUCUCGCACUUUCGACGAACACACUGCCUAACCCUGAUGUAUCAAUCACGAACGGCACGCUUGGAGCUGGUUUUCAUCGGUGGGCGAGCGGAAUGGCGGCUCUUUGUUCUACCCCCAGCUCAGCUGGCGAGCAAUGAUCCCCUUCGACAGGCCUUAACUCAGCCUGUGGCGGUUGCACCCAUCGGGGCCGCGCUCUUCGGUAACCCUUGGCAGUGGCGGCUUCCAACGACUACGGACAUCCGAAUCAGCAUCACCGGAAGCGGGAGCAAAGCGCCGUCGUGGCUACAACGGAUCGGCCUGCCCGACUUUCGAGACGAUUGGCAGUGGGAGAUGCUCACAAUCUCGAUUCUGGACAAGAAAGACAUUCCCAGCGCAGCUCGCUCCAUCGAAGGAACCUAUCAGUUUCGACCUCACUGCGGCACUGCAAAUGAGAGUCUGUAUGCCAAACAGGACAAGCGAGGCCAACCUCUGUACCUGUUCCUCGAUCCAACACGUACCGGCCACGAGGACUUAGAUCAAUUUGUCUUCGCCACCAACAAGGGUUCUCUCGAGUACGACGAGGUACGGCCCGUCAUCGGCCGUGUCGUUGGCUGGCGAUCCUGGGACCAUGUUAAGCCCCGGGUGGAGGCGGUCUUGCAGAUAGACGACUGGUCUUCAGAUGUCCCUAAUGAUGGUCACAUGACAGUAUUGCCUUCGUCGCUGCAGACAGUGCGACUGAAGGGUCUGAAAACACCGUCCAUUAACGGGUGCCAGAGAGCUACGACAAUUGUGGGCGGCUUAGUCCCGCGCGAAGUCUCGAAGAUGGAUCUGGACAUUUCCGAUCUCUCGGUGGCCCUUGUUCUGGCGAACGAUCGUCAGUUCUAUUCUGAAAACUCAUGGAUAUUCGAAGAGCUCCGUCGUUCGUUCCCAAUCGGUGAAUGGCUCAGUUUCGCUCAUCCUGAUGCAACUCAGAGAUGCUCCGCUUGUGCACCGAUCUCGCCUCCGCUGAGGUGGAAACUCGGCGAAAAGAACGAAAUCGUACCGUACCCAGAUUCUCAGAGCGCUACAAUGUUCGAAAGGGCAAUUAAGCAGAGACCAAAUCCACUCGUGGUCGAGAAAUCACUCACGCAAGAUGGCGAGCGCAUCUUGCUAGGAGCCAAUCUUUUGUCUCUCGCGCAUCGAGCCUUCGCACGCUUGCCUUCGAAGACCGAAGACUUUCGCUUUUCCUGGCGCAUCGUAACAGGCUCCGGAGAAUCGAGUAAAUUCCGGCCAUUUCGCCUAAGCAAGACCACCGGGCUCAGGCCCUUUUCACAGGAUCUGCAAUGUGCUGUCACAUUGUUUCCCACACAGCGACUGUCCCUGGCUUGGAUGAAGCAGCAAGACUCUCGACCAGUGAAGUGCGAAGUCGAGGAGAUUGAGGAGGCGGUCUUGCCGGGCUUGGGAUGGACGGCUGAGAUGCGAGCUACUGGCCAAGUGGAGGUGCGCGGAGGCAUCUGCGCGGAUUUUCCUGGCUCUGGCAAGACAAUCAAAACGAUGGCCUUGAUACAGUCGGAGCUGUUAGAACGCAAUGCUGCAGACAUCAUCCAAAGUCUAGAGAGCCAGCCCAUUCCCGCUGCGUCUGGUCUUCUUCCUUCCGCAGCGACUCUUGUGCUCGUACCCAGAAGCCUAAUGGAGCAGUGGCGCAGUGAGAUUGAAGAAAAGAUGGGCUGGGACGAAGGUGUGUUGUCGAUUAGCACCACUGCGGACCUCGACAAGGUGACACUGCAGGAGAUGCAAGAAGCGAAGUGUAUCCUGGUGAGCCAGAACGUGACAAGCUCCGACUCUUACGUCGAGAGACUUGCCAAUUUCGCCGGAAUUCCAGGACCAGCUACGACGACACGUCCGAGGCCAUUGGCGGAAUGGCGCAAAGCUGCACGGAAGGACAUACCGGAGCAUCUGGAGGUUCUACAGGGCUCCGGCCUUAGAGCCUUACAGAAGCUUGUAAAGCGCAAGUACGAGGACAAUCUCAACGACGAGGUCUUCAAGGCAUCCGUUCCUUCGCGUCGCCUCCGAGGCCGGGAGUAUGUGUCUGCUGCCGACCGGAAGAACGACGCUUCGGUGAAGUCUUCGAAGACCGCUCCCAAAGCUAGCGGCUCGAUCAACGUGAGCAAGAUCAACUGUCCCCUCUUCGAGAUGUUCUACUGGAAUCGUCUCGUCGUGGACGAGUUCCACCAGAUGGACGCCAAAGACCACAAUUGCAUCGUAUCCCUCGUGGCUGACAAACGAUGGGGAUUGUCAGCGACGCCCGCUAUGGACGAUUGCUACGACAUUUCAAGAAUGGCCAGCAUCCUCGGUCUUGAACUGCGAACGGGUAGCGAUGCCCGUGGGCUCAUGAAGCAGAAGAAUGCGGCCGCGAUGAGGGCGGACAUGACUCCUUCCGAGCGAUUCGUGUCGAUGCAACAGAUGCCAUCGGCUCGCGUGCACCAACGUAUACGCCAGAGUGCACAGCAAUUCCUUGACACUUUCGUUCGUCGGGAUAUUGAGAAGUUUGCAGAUCUAGAGUAUACGGAGCACCUCGUCCCUGUGACGCUAGAUGUUGCUCACCGUGCGGUGUAUGCCGAGUUGUCCCAACAUCUGAACUCUUUGGAUAUGCGUAUUCGCAAGUCCAACAAGAGCAAAGCUCAGUCUACAGACCGCGAUACCAGACUGCACGAGGCGAUCGCGACGUCCGAGUCAGCGGAGGAGGCACUAUCUAAAGUAGCUGCAUCGUCCACUGAGGCACUGUCACUGCUGACCCGACGUCGCGAAAAGGAAAUCGGUCAGUGUAAGAUUGAUCUCGAGGAGGCAGCUGUGGAGGCAAAGGCGAUGGAAGCGGAGGUCCUAGCAGAUUGGGCAUUAGUGAGACUUGAAAAGGGAAUGCUCGGGGAUGAAGAGACGAUCGCUGACGUCAAGCACGUUCUCGAGGUCGUUGGACAGCAGGCUAAAGCGAAGAAGGCAUCGAAAACUUCGGAUCAGGACGCCUCGAACGACGACGGUGCGAGAAAGGAGAAGGGGGCGAGGGACCGAACGAGCGACUUCAACAAGAUCGCUACCCGAUUGCUUGUUUGCAAUCGUUCUCUGCGAUUCCUGAAGAACGUCGAGGCCAUCCAGCAGCAGGUUGCGAAGAAGGCUGCUCGGGUAACGUGCGACAGAUCCGACUGUAGGGGACAGAAAGGGGCCUCCAUCGGCGUAUCGGCAUUCUGCGGCCACACCGUAUGCUCGAGCUGCUUUGACGACGCCACUCGGAGAGGCACAACCAAGUGCCCUGCCCAAGGUUGCACCGCCGAUGUACGCGAUUUCCAUCUGCUGUGGGAUCACAAAAUGGGUGGUCUCCUUGCGGCGGCCACUCCUCCUUUCGGUGCGAAAGUUGAAGCAGCGACGAACCUGCUACGCCAAGUACGAACGAAAGGAGACCAAGCCAUUCUGUUUGUGCAGUACGAAGCCCAGCUACAUGAAGUAGAAAGUGCGCUGCAACAGGCCAGCAUCAACGCCAUUGUCGUGAAAGAGUCGAAAUUGGCAGGCCAGCAAAUCGAGAGCUUCCGGCAGAGCGGCAACGACGAUGCUUCGAAACCGACAGUUCUCGUGCUAAACGCUUCAUCCGAAACCGCGGCUGGAUUCAAUCUGCAGAAUGCGAACCAUGUGAUUUUCCUCUCGCCGUUACUGCGGGAUACUCAAUAUGAAUACGAGGCGACAAUGGCCCAAGCGAUCGGUCGUGUUCGUCGGCCUGGUCAAAAGAAGCUCAUCCAUGUGUACCGAAUCGCGGCUCUAGACACCAUUGACGUCGAUAUCCUUGAGCACCGCGAACGAAGGACGGAUGCUAUCAAGGAGCAGAGUGGGCCAAACUUAGUACCACCGAAAGCGAAGAAAGCCGCACGCGUUGGUGAAGAAGCUGUCGGAGAGAGAACACAGCUUGUGCGAGAAAAGGACAGGUUCAGCUUGCGUCCUCGGUCGUGGCUUGUUGGAAAGGAAGAUGGCAGUGAACAGGCGGCGCGGGUGCGUGGUAAGGGAAGGGUCGCUGGCUGGGAGGACUUCAGUUCGCUGAUCAAGUGGUCGCGAGCGUACACUGAGAAUGAUCUUUGAGGUCGGCGAAAGGUAGCAGACGUGCGAAGAUGUCAAGUGUGAGACGAUAUGAUGACGAAGUUAGAUAGCGAGUUGCAUAGAGAGGAGGUAGCCGUGGCCAGCCUGGUCUAGACGAGGUCGGGAUGUGGGACAGCGUGGCCGAAGCCACACCUCAAACAUCAACCAAAACUUCUGCACGA